AUGCCUUCUCUACUCUUUGUCACUUCAUUGUGUCUAGCUACGUCCUCCACGGCUGUCGCGUACUGUUAUUUCCUGCAUCGCUCUCUGGAACAUCGCAUUGUCCACGGGUCUCAGCACGGGAAGCUUCCGAGCUCCCUCUCCGCCACCAUCACCUCUAUCCCUCCAGAGGUCUUCACCGAUGAAUACUACGCCGUACACGACCACGCAUCGCGUCGCGUCCCACGGGACCUCCUCCCGAACAAAGACGCAGACGACCUCUUUACCAUGCUACUGCGCCGCAACAUGACCGCGUUUGCGAAAUUCCCCCAGGCCUGGAUCCUCCGGCUCGUAGUGCCGCCUGUAGACCGUAAGACAUUCAGCGCCUCUCACAUCCACUCCCUCAACUUCGACAAAGGGGACCUGGUGUGCGGCGUGUACCGGGUCGAAGAGAGGACUCCCGACAAGGCCGUGUUGGCCAUCCUGCUCAAAGGGCCCAUCGGCGGACGCCUGGUGAUUCGGUAUACCGAAGACGGAGAGGAGAUCGUGUAUCACAGUGAGACGGCGAUGUGGACGAAGCGGGAGACUGGACCCCACGGAACAAAGCGGGCCACCAUGCCGCUGGAGAAACCCGUGUUGCGCUUCCUGCACGAGAUGGCCGCUUGGUGGCUGUUGGAUUCAGGCGUGCGGUUUUUGAUGGAUAGGAAGGAGGGAUCCCCGUCACCAGCAGCAGCUUUCAAUUCACUACCAUCUUCAGCCCAACUGUGGUAUCUGACUGCCUUCAAACUUGCCCAUUGUGACGAGCGAACCCGCCAACAGCGCCUGCCCGACGAGCAUCCGACCCUGUGUCUGCAGUGCGAAGACGCCUGGCUCGCUGCGCAUUCAACUGACCACCAUCACCGACACAGCCGAGGGAUCUCACCUCCCAACGCCAUGGAGCGCGAUGGGUCGGACUGGUUUGUUCCUGCUCGUGCAAGCCCUCUCGAAUCGGAGAUGGACGCUAUAUUGCGGGCUGCUAGUCCUUCCAGUGGGGAAGCCGAGAGCCUGACAGAGGAGAUGAUCCGUCAUCACGCUAAGGCUUUCGCGAAGUUCUUCGGAGAGGUGGGAUCUGACGAUGGCGACGAGCUUUUCAACGCCUUACCCGACGACAUCCAAGAAGAUCCGGGCUCUCAAGGUAAUGCCAUUGUUCCCUCGUCAGAAUCAGAUCUGAUCUCUUUUGACGACGCAGAACUUGUUGACGCGCUGCGGAGCGAGGAGACCAGCAACUCCAAGCCAUUCGUCGAUUGUAGACAGAAGUCCCUCCUAGACACUGACCCGUGCGAGCCCGUUCAGCCCAGCGAAGAUUGCUACCCAUGCAGCAGCCACGAUACAGACAGAGACGGAGAAAUGGAGUUUGAUGCCACGAUGGAAGACAAGGAUCCUGAUUCGAGCAGAUCAUCUAAGAGCGAUGCUUUCUUCGACAUGCAAUCUGCUUCCUCCCAGCCGCACGGAACCGACGAGCGUACAUCAGUUCAAUCCCCACUGUCUGAGGACAUUGACAUGUCGAAAUUUGAUCAGGAUACCAUGGAAUGUGAUGACAUUCAGAUUGCGAUUUCCAUUGCUGAAGACCGCAUGGCGAUUCUCGAAGCCCAGAUUAGGGAGAUGGAAAUCUUGUUGAGCCGGAAGAUUGCUGAACAGGCGAGGGAAGGUAAUGCGUCAGUUUGCUCGUUGCUUGUGGCUGGUAUUGCUGGCAUUGUUGCAAGGCUCCUGUCUGCAUUUGGGCUAUGUAGGAAUGAGGCCGUCCAGGACCCUGAUAAUACCGGUACUCACACUUUCCCAUCUCCAGACGACGACUGGGUGUUUAUGGAUGCUGACGAGAUCGAGCAGGAGAUGUGGAGGGCCCAGGCGAAACUGGAGGCCCUCGAGACCCAGGUCACUAAUAUGCAAAAUGCAUUUUCUCGCAGGAUGUUGGUCCUGCUCGUUGAACGGUUAAUUGUUGCUCACCGGUUCUUUGAUCGACGACUGUAUUGA